AUGUCUAAGUCCGAUAAGCAUUCAAGUCUCACUCAUCAAGAUAAAUUAACCAAUUUAAUUACAAUGAGAAGUUCAAUUAGGGGACAGAUUACUAAAUUUAAAAAUUAUUUAAUUACAAUUAAUGCGCAAGAGGAAAUUUCAAAUAUAUCCCUUGCCGAGUUAAGUUUAAAGUUGAAUAAAUUUGAGAGUUUAUCGUUGAAGUUUGAUGAAAUACAAAGUGAGAUUGAGAUUCUUAAUUCUGAAAAUUUGUCUGCGGAGCUUGAUGAGCGUGAGACCUCUGAAAAUAAUAUGAUUUCAAACAUAGCUAUGGCUAAGUCCAUACUUGAUAGGCAAAAUAAUCUCGAGACCGAGCGACGAAACUCAAUUGCUGUUGAGGCUCAGUGUUCUCACGACCAUCGGGAUCUAGGGUUUAAAUUACCUCAAAUUCAAAUAUCUAAAUUUGAUGGUGCAUAUUUCCGCUGGCUUGAAUUUCGUGAUACCUUUGAAAAUCUAAUUCACAACAAUGAUCGUAUAAAACCUAUACACAAAUUUCAUUAUCUUAUAUCCUAUCUGGAAGGGGAUGCAGCCCGGAUUAUAUCCAACCUGGAAGUGUCUUCGAUUAACUAUGCGAAGGCCUGGCAGCUUCUCGGAGAUCGUUAUAAUAACAAAAGAUUAUUAAUUAAUCAUCACUUAAGUGCUUUGUUUAAUAUACAAGCUCACACCCGAGAGUCUGAAAGGUCUUUACGCUUUUUGGUUGAUCAUGUGACUAAGAACUUACGUGCCUUGGCUAGCUUAGGCCAGCCGACUGAUAGAUGGGAUAUCUUGAUAAUUUUUAUGUUGUCCUCUAAGCUUGACAGCCGGACUCUGAUGAAGUGGGAGGAGUACCGUAACACUCUCGAUGAUGUCCCGACUUUGGAUCAAUUUCAUAAAUUUUUAAUUGAUCGUGCUGAUGUCUUAGAGGCACUCAAUCGUAAUAAAUAUGAUAAUAAUGUUAAAUACUUACCAGUGAUCUCACGGCCAGCGCCCUCUGCACCUACCUCUAGUAAUAAUAGUAACAAUAAUCAUAAACGAAAUAAUCAUACAAAAUCAUUUGUAGGUAUUAAUCAAAAAACAAAAGGCUCUUUAAAUUCAAAUCAAGUCAAGUCAUUCACUUCUGUGUGUAUUAUAUGCAGCGAAAAUCAUAAGGUUUUUGAAUGUCCUAUCUUUAUUAAAAAGGGCAUCCAAGAGAGGUUAGCAGACGUGACCAAAUACAAAUUGUGUGCCAAUUGUCUCAGGCAAGGCCACCCAGUAAGCGAGUGCCGCUUCGGUCCGUGCCGAGAGUGUAAGCAAAAACACAAUAGUUUGUUGCAUGAAUCUAAACAGAGUGUUGUCAAUAAUUCAGUUGUUGUAAGCUCAGUCUCGUCUGCGGCUAAUGUUUCCAAUUUAGGGUCCAAUCAAGUACUUCUCUCCACAGCGGUUAUCGAAGUAGUGAACCCUAGCACUAAUAAAAAGGAAAAGGUCCGUGCCCUAUUAGAUUGCGGUAGCGAGUCCUCCUUUAUCACGAAAUCUUUAAAAGAAAGAUUGUCAUUAAAAUCAUACCCCAGUGACUGUCUAAAGGUCAUAGGUAUCGGUAAUAAUCACAACAAUAACAUAACUGAAAGCUGUAUCGCUCAAAUAAAUUCAUUAAAUGAUUCAUUUAAAGUUAAGUUAUCAUGCUUUGUUCUAAAGGAGCUUACAAGUAAUAUACCUAAAUGCGUGAUAGAUAUUAAAGAUCUUAAUAUUCCAAAAAAUUUACCAUUGGCAGAUCCUGAAUUUAAUCACCCGGCUUCAAUUGAAGUUUUAAUUGGAGCAGACAUUUUCUGGGACCUCUUGGGUAGUGAACACCACUCCUUGGGGCCUAAAAAUCCUCAUUUGCGAAAUUCACGGGAGCAAGAAUGCGAGAAACAUUUCAUGACUCACACUGUACGCUUGAGUAACGGCAGGUUUGAAGUCAAAUUGCCUUUAACCGAAUCUCCUGGUUGUCUCGGGGAUUCGUAUAAUUUAGCGAAAAAACGUUUCUUAAACUUAGAACGCAAAUUCAAGCGUAAUCCGGCGUUAAAGUCUAAAUAUUCGGAAUUUAUUCGUGAAUAUGCCGAGUUAGGGCAUCUCAGUGAGUCAGCAAUUUUAAAACCUACCCCAGGUUAUUUUUUAUGUCACCACGCCGUGUUUAAAAAUAGCGAAUCCACUGCACUCCGCGUUGUAUUCGACGGUUCCGCUGCCUCCUCCACCGGAGUGUCCUUAAACGACAUUUUAAUGACUGGGCCAAAUGUUCAGGAUUCUCUCUUUUCCAUUCUCGUGAGGGCAAGGCAGUACCGGUUUAUCUUGUCUGGCGACAUCGAGAAGAUGUACCGCCAGGUUCAAGUGAAUACUGAAGACCGGGACUUGCAACUUGUUAUUUGGAGAGGAGAUGAGUCCGAGCCCCUUAGAACGCUACGACUAAAUACUCUUACUUACGGCACCGCAAGCGCGAGUUAUUUAAGCACUCGAUGUCUGUCGCAGCUCGGGGAGGAGCAGCACGAUCCGCUCAUAAAAACUAUAAUACAAAAGGAUUUUUAUGUAGACGACCUUAUUACAGGAUCUAAUGACGAAAACGAACUGCGGUACAUACAAAGGUCAGUCGCGGAGGCUUUGAGAUUAGGAUGUUUUAAUUUACGAAAAUAUAAGAGUAACUUACCUACUUUGUUCCUGGACUCAAGCAUAAACAUCCAUGAAAAUUUAACAAUAAGUGAGUCCUCGAGCACUCUCGGACUGGGGUGGAGUCCUACGCAUGACACGUUCAAUUUUCCAACAAAAACUCCUCCUUCUGUUGAAAAAAUUACUAAAAGAUACAUAAUGUCAAAUUCAUUUAAAAUUUUUGAUCCCUUAGGUUUGAUUAGCCCUUGCAUAGUAAAGGCUAAAAUUCUUUUACAAAAAUUGUGGAAAGAAAAACUUGACUGGGACGAACCAGUCCCAGAUAUCAUUAAAGAAGAGUGGAAUAGUUUUGCUGACAACUUACCUUUUAUUCGAGGUUUAAAUAUAACCAGGCCAGUUAUAUGUGACUCGCCUAAAUCAAUUGAAAUGCAUGUUUUCAGCGACGCCUCACAAGUCGCCUACGGCAGUUGCGUUUAUAUGAGGUCUGUUGCUGCAAACGGUGACGUCACUGUAAAACUUUUAUGCAGUAAGUCUAAAAUCUCACCUGUGAAGCCCACGACGAUAGUACGUCUCGAGCUCUGUGCCGCACUGCUGGCUGCGAGGCUCAGCAAAGCUGUACUGGACUCGCUGCGUUACAAACCUGAUCGCGUGCUUUACUGGUCUGACUCGAGCAUAGUUCUGGCUUGGCUGAAAAAUAAUAUAAAACAGUUAAAAUCAUUUGUGGCAAAUCGUGUUACAGAAAUAUUAGAAAUAACUUACCCAUCAACUUGGCGUCAAGGAACGAGUGUGGCCUAUAAAUGGAAGGCGGCUCGCUCGGCGCACGGUAGACAACUGCACUCGCUGCCGACGCGUUAG